CAGCUGGCGUUGGCGUACCCGCUUUGGAAUUCGACCAAGUUGUAAAAUAGAAAAGAAAAAAGAAAAAAGAAAAAGCAAUAUAAAGUUGAUUAAAGUUUUUGCCUGCAAUGCUUGUUUGCAUGAAGCCCUGCAAGUAACGAACCUCUGUAUUGGAAAUGGAUCAACAUUAUGCACAGACGGGAUAAAAUUGGCUUCAUUGGUCCAUGCACGAACCAUGCAAACAAUAGGAAAAGCAACAUGGAUCCACAAAAUCAUUCUGGAACCUGCAUGGAGGGGAAGAUUCAUUCCAAGGUAAGAGGAACAACAGGGGCGAGGAAACUGGGUAAGACAUUAAGUGACAGUGGGGGAUCGUCAACGGACCUUGAUGAGGUGAUUGUGUGGUGUGGGAACAAGGAUUUGACAGAAGGGGUGCCAUCUACAAGUGGGUGUUCUGGAUCUCUGGAUGGUUGGAUUGAUGUGAAAUACCCAAUUGGGGAAGUGAAUGAUUGGGUUUCUCCAAGUUAUGCCAAUGAAGGCGAAUUGCAAAGUUUAAGCGAAGCAGAAACUGGUUCAAAUCAACAAAUACAAAGGGUUCCAAAAAGGCGUCAAAGAAAGAAGGAUAAGGCUCCAGAUAAGAAUGAACAAAGAGUUGGUGGGGAUAAGGGAAUUGUGGGUGGGGCUCUAAACAGGGAAGAGGUGAGACAAACAGGGGUUUCAAACAAAAAUCAACAAAUACAAAGUGGGAAUUCAGGAGCAUCUACGGCUAAAAGUGGUAAAAAACAUGACAAGGAGAAACCUAAAGUACAGGAACCAUUGCAUGGUAGUCAACAAAGAGACGGGAAGGAAAUUCAGGCUUCCAGGAAAGGGAACACAAAGCUUCCAUGUGGGUCGCUCUCAGAUAUACAAUUCGUAUCACUUUCCUCCAAUCAUAGUUCUGAAAAGGCUAAAGAAUCGAGUCACAGCAAAACAGUAGUGUCGGACGUUCCCGCAAAAUCAAGAGUCAUGUCCAAACAACAGCUGGAAAUUGGAAACCUGACAAGUGUCGUAGAGGAUGCUUCCUGUAAAGGAAAAAUCAAAAUGCAAUGGCGCUCAAAAAUAUCUCCACAGGCAGUCGGAAAUAUUUCAAAUAGUGUGGAUACUUGCCCUAAGUCGGAAGGUCCUCAUCCUAAACGAAUCCCUGCCUCUAAAGGAAUGACUGAGAGCCCGAAUCAUGGUAAGGAGAGUUUUGGAAAUGCAAAAGCGAUUAGAAGCGAGGUAAUUGCAAGGCAUGGUAUUCUUGAAAUUGGGAGUGGCGUAGAAUGGGAAGUUGAUUUGAAAGAUGCAAAAUUUGAAGAGAGAGAAUCUGAAGAGGUCGGAGAAGGGGGUAUCUCUGUAUCCGAUACAUUUUGUCCAGACCUAAAUGUGAAAGUUAAAGAUUCUCUUCCUCCAAAAUAUGUUCCAUUAAAGCAACUGCAAAAUUUGCAAGAAUCUGAGACCAGCAAGGGAUGUGGGACAAAGAGUUCUGUUUCAGAACAACAUGCACAUGUAGUUUGCAAUAAACCCCAAAGAAAUAAAGAGCAGGCUUCAGGUAAAAAUGAACAAAGAGAAGUUGGUGAUAAAAAAAUUAGUAACGUGGCAUUGGAGAACGAAAUGAGACAAAUGGGGAGUUCAGGAAUUGAAGAUGGGGCCCCAGAUAAAAAUAAACAAAGACAAAGUGGGGAUUUGGGGAUAUCUACAGGACAAGAAGGUAUAAGUAAUCAAAAAUAUGAGGCGUUAGGAAUAAAUGGAAAGGCCAGUGUCAAAGGACCAUUGCUUGGCAGUGUUGAAAUAGGCAGUGAAAACUUGGAAUUUCAUGGUGUCAAUAAGGAACUUGAGGAUUCCAAGCAGUGGGGCAAAAAUGAGCGGGGUGAACUUCUACUUAAAGAGUCCUCGGCUUUGAAAGGGACUACUGGAAGGCCCAAUCAAGGUGGAGAGAGUAUUGAAGAUGCAAAAAAUGUUGGAGACGAGGGAAAUGGAAGGCAUGGCUUUCUUGGAAGUGGAAAUAAUGUAGAAGGGGGUGUUAGUUUGAAUCAUAUGGAAAAUCAAGAUGCAGCAUUCAGUGAGAAAAAAGAAGGGGGAAUUCAUAUUUCUUAUCCAUUCUCUCUUGAAAAUGGCAGGCCAGAGUCAUUUAAGAAGGGUGGAAGGAAAAUAUCUGCAAUCACAGUUACCAACAAGGGAGAAAAUUCUCUGAAACUGUAUGCAGUAGAACUUGAUAAAGUAAGACCAAAAAACUCCUUCAGUCUUUCUCACUCAGCAGAACCUGUCAAAUCUAUACAAGCUGAGAACAAAUCAUGCUUGUAUAGCAUGGGUUCUCUUGAAGUCAAGAUGAAAUCAAUGAAUAUAUCAGAGUCGGAUGCACAGUCUACUUCUUUGGUCAGAGGUCCAUGGUUAAUUGAACCAAAUCAUCAUCUCAUCAUUCAUCUGUCAUGUACGGCUAAAGAUAUUGGAUUACACAGAUCAUCCAUUCUCUUUGACUUCCAGGAUCAGAAAAUUGUUUUGCGUGCUACUUUGCUUGCUGAGGAUGAUGUUUCUGAACAACUAGGCCCACAGGAGCCUUAUUCCAAAAGAGAAAAGAGAAAAUCAAGCAGUUUAAGAAGAAUUGUUGAUGGUGUGCCUCCUGCUCUGCCCAGAUUUGGAAAGAAACUGAAAUCUUAUCCUAUUCCACUUCAUUUGAAGAAUAUUGAUGACAAAAAGUUACCUGGGGUUCUUACAGAUGGUCUCUCCAUGAAAACAUAUUCCAAGUAUUUCUCCACUUUAUUGCACUUGGAAGAGUUGCAAAUGCAGGAAGAUAUAAAUGCAUAUGACAUGGAUAAUGUAACCAUGAAGAGUAGUGGUGAAUAUUUGGUCCUGAAGGUCCCUGGAUUGUCAGAGAAGCGCCCUUCACUUAUAUAUAGAGACCAAAUAUACGUGACAAAAUCUGGAGAAAAAGGCGUUGCAUAUGAGGGUUACAUCCAUAAAAUAGAAGCAAAUGAAAUAUAUGUAAAAUUUGACAAGUCAUUCCAUAAGAAGUUUAUUCCAAGGCUUCAAUAUGAUGUGCACUUCACCUUUAGUAGGAUCAGUCUCCGACGCUGCCAUCAGGCAGUAGAAGCAGCAGGCAGAAUUGAUGAGAAAUUCCUUUUUCCAUGGGAUUCUUUGGCAAGAAAAACACAUAAUAAUGUUUCCAAGAAUGAUCCUUUCAAUAGGAAUCUUAAUAAAGAGCAGUUAUCUGCUGUACAUCAAAUAUUAAAUUGCUACGGAUCACCACCAUACCUUGUUUAUGGACCACCAGGUACUGGUAAGACGGCAACAUUGAUAGAGGCCAUAUUGCAAAUUCUCAACAGAGAUUCAAAGGCCCGUAUUCUUGCAUGUGCUCCUUCGAAUGCUGCUUCUGAUAUACUAGUGGAGAGAUUGCUUGGGUCUGUUGAAAAGAGAGAAAUAUUUAGGUUGAAUGCUUUGUCUCGCCCAUAUCAAGAUGCACCACUUUGCAUUCUACCAUGCUGUUGCUAUAGAGAUUCAAUGUUUUACUGCCCACCUGUGGAAGAAUUAUUGAAAUAUAAGAUCAUUGUAUCGACCUACUUAAGUGCUGCCAUUCUUGAUGCACAAGAAGUUCCACAUGGUCAUUUUACACAUAUUUUCUUGGAUGAAUCUGCUCAAGGUACUGAGCCAGAAACAAUGGUGCCCAUUGCUAAUCUUGCUAAUGAAGAAACAACAGUUGUUCUUGCAGGUGAUCCGCAGCAGUUGGGUCCAAUCAUUCGCUCCAGUAUGGGAGAAAAGAUGGGACUGGGAAAGUCUUAUUUUGAAAGGCUUUCAGAACUCCACCUUUAUUUCCCUGAUGGAGAGAAUAAGCAAUUUGUAACAAAGCUUGUGAGGAAUUAUCGUUCUCACCCUGCAAUUUUAGAGCUUCCUUCUCGACUCUUUUAUGGAAGUGAGUUGGUUGCUUGUGCUGGAAAAAGGAUUAAGAAAUUACAUUGUGCCUUUGAUGAACUUCCAAACAAAAAUUUUCCAGUUGUUUUUGUUGGCAUAGAGGGCAUUGAUGAAAGGGAAGGCAGAAGUCCAUCAUGGUUCAACACAAUAGAGAUAAGCAAAGUCUUGGAGAUUGUCAAAAAAGUGAAAGAUGACAAGAGAAACUCAGUAACUGGAAAGGACAUAGGAGUAAUAACACCCUAUCGUCAACAAGUUGUCAAGUUGAGGAAAGCCUUUGGGCAAAAAAAUUUGUCUGAUGUGAAGGUUGGAAGUGUUGAGCAAUUUCAAGGAGAUGAGAGAACUGUGAUAAUUAUAUCAACUGUUCGGUCUAGUUACAAGGAGGAAUAUGACAUGAAAUUUAACCUGGGGUUCAUAGGAAAUCCUAAGCGCUUUAAUGUUGCUAUUACACGUGCCAAGUCUCUGCUUGUAGUGGUGGGGAAUCCAUACGUACUUAGUAAGGACAUCUACUGGAAUGAGCUACUCGAAUACUGUAUUUCUAACAAAUCAUACGUUGGAUGUGUGCUACCACCAAAAGACUCUGGCAACGAGUUUCCUCCAGGCAGCUUCCCAGAUGAUGUUGGUACUAGUGACCCCAUAUCAUACUCUUUUGUCAAUCAGGAUAUGGAAUGGGCUGAUGCUACUUGCUAAUUCAAGGGUCACUCGAAAAUAUUGUAUAACUCUGUAAAGGAAAAUGAUAAAACAAUAAAUGAGAUUUCUUGUUCACUAAUUGUAUAUUUUUUCAGUAAAUAGUGAAUGCGUUUACAACUGAUAUGCAACUCAAGGGGAUAGGGAUAGAAUUUUCGUAUGUUUUAAAUCAAUUCUUGGGAAUGUGUAAUAAUCAGUUAUCAGAA